AUGAGGAAUUAUUUUAAAUAUAUAUUAUUAGUCUGUUUGACUAUUUUUCUUGUUUUUUCAUUGAUUUCAUUAUCAAGGAUAGUCGAUACCAAUGACAAAGAAGAUUAUAAACCAAGAAAAAAUCAACGUCAAAUCAAUGUUCCUUUUAAUUGGAAUAAUAUUAGGCCAAUAUCAUCACCAUCAUCAUCAUCAUCAUCCACUCCCAUUCCCACCCCAUCUGUAGUUUCCCUAUCCAACAAAACUACCAAAAUUCUAAGUACCAAUACUCCAUCUCCUACUCCAACGGUUGUUCCAACAACUAAUUUUCCUACUCCAACUCCUACUAUCCGACCAACAGUACCUGUUGCUACUCGUCCAGCGGUAGUUCCUACUCCUACUCCUACUCCUACUCCAUCUCCUAAUACUCGACGAGUGGUUGUUCCUACAUCUAGUCAAACAACUGUUGCUCCAACUACAAUUAUUCAUACUCCUACCAAUUUCUCAUAUGAUAAUACCAAAAAAGUUUAUGCAGCCAACAAAAGCAAGAAUAUGAAAAGAGCAGAAGAAAUCAAAGGAGCAAUGAAAUAUGCAUGGGACAAGUACGUCGAAUAUUCUUGGGGAAAAGAUGAACUUUUACCACUAACACAAUCUGGUAAAAAUUGGUUUCAUAUGGGUCUAACCAUUAUCGAUUCAAUCGACACUCUAUAUCUCAUGGGAUUACAAGAAGAAUAUACCAAGGCACGAAAUUAUAUAGAACAUGAUUUGGAUCAUUUUAUUGAUAGCAAUGAUUCCAUUUCAGUGUUUGAAGCAAAUAUUCGAUUUUUAGGUGCCUAUCUGUCAAUGUAUCACUUUACAAGUGAUAUAUUAUAUCUUGACAAGGCAUUGGAAAUGGGUCAAAUCCUUUUAAAUGCUUUUCAAAAUAAUGAUCCAUUCCCACAAUCUCAAAUUUAUGUUGCAAAAAAUUAUUCAACAAUAUUUGGAUGGACAGGAGGAUGUUUAAUUUUAGCAGAUGUAGGAACAUUAUUUUUAGAAUUUACAGAAUUGUCAAGAGCUAGUAGUGAUCCAAGAUGGAAAGAAAAAUCAGAUAAAAUGUUGGAACAAUUUGAAAAGUUGAAAUUAAAAACUAAUGGUCAUCUCAUUCCACAAUUUCUAUCACCAAAUGGUGAAUCAUUUUGUGGAAAUACUGUAUCGAUGGGUGGUUUAUCCGAUUCAUUUUAUGAAUAUACUUUAAAAAUGGCUCUUUACCAUGACAAGAGAGACAAUACCCACCACAGAUAUAAAAAGAUGUACAAUGAUUUUGCUGAAAUGAUUGUAAAAGAUUUAUAUAAAAAAACUAAAACUGGUAUUUCUUAUUUAACUAUACUUCAUGGAGAUAUACCAUCAAAUACAUUUGAACAUUUAGCAUGUAUGUCUGGUGGAAUGUUGGCACUUGGAGCAGUAUCAAAUAUUAGUGGAAACAAAACAUUAAAUGAUCAGUAUUUCAAGAUUGCAGAAGAAUUGACUCAAACUUGUGCAGAGUUGUAUUUUAAUUCAACGACUGGGUUGGGACCAGAAGUAGCAUAUUUUAAUCCUGAUAUCGAUCAAGCUUCCGAUCAUAUAUUAUACCAUAAUUACUUUUCAUCACCAGCUUAUUUCUUACGUCCAGAAACCAUUGAAUCGUUGUUUUACAUGUAUCGAUUUACAGGUGACACCAAAUAUCAGGAAUGGGGUUGGAGAAUGUUUGAAGCCAUUGAAAAGUAUUGUAAAACUGAAAAUGGUUAUGUUGGGUUUUUAAAUGUCAACAUGGGAGCUGGCGAUAAUCCAACCUAUGAAAACCUUCAACAAAGCUUUUUCAUGGCUGAAACCUUGAAAUAUCUCUAUCUACUCUUUUCAGAUUCCUCCCUAAUCCCAUUAGAUAAAUAUGUAUUUAAUACUGAAGCUCAUCCUUUUUCAAUUCCAAAUAAAAAAUAA